CAAACCUUCCUAAUGGAUGCAGGACGUGAUAGACCUGAACUGACCAGGAGCUAUGAGGGCUCAGACCUUGACAGAGGAUUUUGUACAGAUCAGAGUCUAUCUUUAUCAGCGGUUUCAGUCGAUUUCAGCUUGAGACCAAGCAAAGGCAUUGUGUUGGAAUAUUUGGAGACCAACUCCACAGCUACACCAUGUCUGAACUACUCUACAAGUGUUUUAUCACCUUUAGUUGCCCUCAGCAAGAAUAUUCUCUCUCCAGGCAACACCCUGGCCACAGGGCUAAGCAGUCCUGUCGAGGGCAAGUCAUCCACACCUUAUGAGAGGGUGAAAUUUCAAAAGCCCAAUGUGGCAGGCUCGUUAGACCUGUCUUGUGUCGACCUGACCACCACCCAACCCUUAUGGGAAGUCUCCUUUGUCAAGCCCAUAGUGGAGAGCCCAAAGUCAUGCUUGGAAUCCACCUGGAGUCCCAUUAACCCAUCAGCUAAAGCUAUGGACAAAGACAUGCAGUAG